GAAAAGGAAAAGGAGGAGCCACAAGCCCGCAGCUCGUUGUAACUGCAGCGCCCCCGCCCUGGGAGCAUCGGUCCUUCCCUCCGCAUCCCGCAGGAUUUAUCAUUCCCUAACUUUGGCCAGAUGGAGGAGGAGACUGUGAGGAAGAUGCUCUGGGACACCCAGGCAGGGAAUGACCUGCACACAGAGACCAGGGAAGACCAAUCCUCAUGUCAGAACCUUGUGGAAGAGGCUGUUUUAAGCAGCUCCACAGCACAGGAAGUCAGCAAGGAGGAAAAACCCCAGAGAUCCCCCAUGAGGCACAGCUUCAAACCCAGCCCAGGGAGCUCUGAGGAGGAAAGACCCUCCCUGUGCCAGGAAGGUGGACAGAGCUUCAGCCAGAGCUCAGAGCUGGUGGCCCAUGAGCAGCUUCGUGACAGGGAGAAGCCCUACAAGUGCUUGGAGUGUGGGAAGAGCUUCAGCUGGAGCUCCCACCUGAUCCGCCACCAGAAGAUCCACACUGGGGAACGGCCCUACGCAUGUGAGGAAUGUGGGAAGAGCUUCAGCCAGAGCUCUGACCUGGUGGUCCACCAGCGCCUUCACACAGGGGAACGCCCCUACAAGUGCUUGGAAUGUGGAAAGAGCUUCAGCAAGAGGUCCAGCCUCACAUACCACCAACGCUUCCACACUGGGGAACGGCCACACAUUUGCUUGGAAUGUGGGAAGGGCUUUAUCCAGAGCUCCCACCUCAUCAGCCACCGCCGGCUGCACACUGGGGAACGGCCAUAUAACUGCUUGGAAUGUGGGAAGAGCUUCAACCGCAGCUUCAGUCUUGUCAUCCACCAGCGCAUCCACACUGGGGAACGGCCACACGAGUGUCAGGAGUGUGAGAAGAGGUUUCAGACCAGCUCCGAUCUCCUCAUGCAUCAGCGGAUGCACACAGAGGAGAGGCCUUUCCACUGCACUGAUUGUGGGAAGGGUUUCAUCCGCAGCUCUGACCUAGUCAAGCACUGGCGCGUCCACACUGGGGAGAGGCCCUACAGGUGCUUGAAGUGUGGGAAGAGCUUCACCCAGAGUUCUGCUUUGACGUCACACCAACGGACCCACUGGUAAGAGAAGCCCUACAAGUGCUCCAACUGUGGGAAGGAAAUGGGAAGAUUCAUCAAGAGCUCCAACCUCCUCAUCCACCAGUGGGUGCACAGGGAACAGCCCCAAAAGUGUUUGGAAUGUGGGAAGAGCUUUAUCCACAGCUUCAGCCUGAUGUGCCACCAGAAGAUCCACACUGAGGAACAGCCCUACAUGUGCAGGGAAUGUGGAAAGAGGUUUAGUGACUGUUCCAACCUGAUCUGCCACCAGAACAUCCACACCAGGAGGAAGCCCCACAAAUGCGUGGAAUGUGGGAAGAGCUUCAGCCGGAGCUUCCACCUCUUCCGCCACAGGAUGAUCCACACUGGUGAACGCCCCUAUGAAUGCUUGGAAUGUGGGAAGAGCUUCAGCCGGAGCUCCUGUCUGAUCCGCCAUCAGGUAAUUCACACAGGGGAACGGCCCUACAAGUGCUUGGAAUGUGGGAAAAGCUUCAAUGACCGCUCCAACCUCCUCACCCACCAGCGCCUGCACUCCAGGGACCGGCCCUUUGAGUGUGGGGAGUGUGGGAAGAGCUUCAGCACCAGCUCUGACCUGAUCCAGCACCAGAAGAUCCACAGUGGAGAACGGCCCUAUGAAUGUCCUGAGUGUGCAAAGAGAUUUCGGACCAGCUCCCAUCUCCUCCUGCACCAGCGCAUUCACACAGACGAGAGGCCCUUCCGCUGCCCCGACUGCGGGAAGGGCUUCAGACGCAACUCCCAUCUCACCCUGCACCGGCGCAUCCACACUGGGGAGAGGCCCUACGAGUGUGAGGAGUGUGGGAAGAGCUUCUCCAGCAGCUCUGGCUUGACCCAACACCAACAGUCCCACUUGUAAGGGAAGUCCUGCUGUGGAGGCCCAGAGGCCCACCAC